GAGAGACCGCUUGUAGCAACAAGAUGAGUAGUGCCUCAACGAGUACUGCUCCCAAUAAAGAAAUUUCAUGUGCUGCUGCUCGCAAACCUUCUCCUUCAACUGGACUUUCUAGCUUGUCCCUCGAUCUACUUAUACGCUACAUCGAUAACGUUUUGUCUGCUAUCAUCAACCAGAACUUGGGCUGCAAAAUAAUUGAUAGUGGAACAGAGCUAAGGGAUUUAGUACAGCCUGUUGCCUCAGAUUUUUCCAACAUAUUUGAUGGCAUUUCAGAGGGUGCAAAAAUGUUCUCGGAUCAGAAAUUCUUGAAGUCUCAGCUUUCUACCGAGGCGCAUUCAGUGGCGGUUGACGUAUUGAAAGGAUUGGGGAGUGUACAUUGGGUUGCAGUGGGGCUUUUAGCGAUAGCUAAAGUUCUAGAAAGAUUCGACAACAUUUCUGCAAAUGACAGAGAAUGCAUAGACCUUCUUAAAGAUAUGCGUAAGCUCGGUAAUACCUGAAACGGAUGAAAGAUAUUUAUGCUGAUUUGAACAAAGAGAUUUUAGAAGAUAUGAGCGAAGCUGCUAAAUUGAUUGUUUCUGGUGCGAUUCUGUGUUGUUCCUUUAUCACAUCGAACAA